UUUUAUCAUAUUUUGCGAUACGCGUGAGAAUACGUUGUGAUCGAAUGCAUGUGAGAAAGUAAUUAAUUCGUUAGAAAAAUUGACGGCCAUGUAUUCAGAUUGUUUAAUGCGUUUUCUGUGAGAAAUACGUGGCACGUAGAAACGUAUAUUGCGCGUAAUCGAGUAAAACGAAAAACAAUAAGAAUGAAGCAACAAAUAAUUGAUUCUAAAGCUAAUCCUAGCGCGACUGGGGAAGCCGACGACUGUCUCUUUGAAUAUUUGCACGCUGAGCUGGUCAAUUACGUCUUGAGCAGAUCGUCCAAUGCAGAAGGCGAGGAGGAACUCUCGCGUCUAGAAUGGAUGGGAUUCAGCGUCGGAUACAGAAUCAUUGAACGGCUGACAAGAGAAUGGAGCAGAUUCAAGGAUGAAUUAGAUAUGAUUAAGUUUAUCUGUACGGAUUUCUGGUCCAGCCUGUAUCACAAACAGAUUGAUAAUCUCAGGACUAAUCAUCACGGAGUAUAUGUAUUGCAAGACAAUGCCUUUAGGUUAUUGGAUAAAGUCGGUACGAGUAAUAGCAAGCAGUACCUCAAGGAGAGUCCACGUCUGUUGGCUUUCACUUGUGGCCUCCUGCGAGGUAGCUUAGCGAAUCUUGGAAUUAUCAGUACGGUUACAGCAGAAACUGUUACACUACCAAGUUGCAAAUUUCAUGUCCAAGUCCAAAAGAUUUAAUAGCUGUUUUGACCAAUUUGAGAAAUAAGAAAGUGUAAAAGUAUGUAUAAAAAAAGUAUAUAUAACAGUAAAGCAACUCUUAUACUGUAUGAGACUCAAAAGAAUAUAAUAGAUAUUCAUCAUAUAUCAU